UUGAAGCAACAUGCAAUUCUUUUCUCUCUCUUCUGCAGAUCUUAGCCCGGAGAUAGAAGCCAGAUUAGAGCUUGGGGAGACGGCUGAUAUCAAAAUGAAGUCAUUGGAAGAACUAAAGAUAUUGAUUGGAAGAGUUCCUAAAUUGCAUCCACUGCUGGAAGAUGACUUUUUGAUCAAAUUUCUUCGAGUUCGAAAAUUUGAUGUGCAGAAAACAUUAAAGACAAUAAUAAAGUAUUAUACAGUCAAGAAGCAGUAUUCCAAAUUAUAUACAGAUUUCUUGCCAUCGGAAAAGAAAGCGAUCCUGGAAAUGAACAUGAUAUAUAUUUUGCCGAAAACACCUUCCUUUGGACCCACAAUAUACUGGGCGAGAUUGAGCCAGUUCGACUCAUCAAAAAGCACAAUUGAUGAUAUUGGUGCUUUUGCAUUAAUCAGUGGAGAAAUAGAUUUGCAGCUGGAAUCUGCACAAAUUCACGGAGCUCACGCUAUUUUCGACUUUAAAGAUUGUACUUUUCAGCAAUUGUAUCACCUUUCAUCCAUACGAUUUGUAAAAAGGUAUAGCAGAUACUUACAGGAAUGUUGGCCAUGCAGGGUCAAAGGCUUGCAUGUAAUUAAUGAGCCAUCAUCUGUGCACUAUUUAUGCUUCAUUAUGUGCACUUUCUUAUCGAAGAAGAUGAAGCAAAGGUUUCAUAUUCACGGGGAUGAUGUAAAAUCUCUGCAUCGAUAUAUUAAUCCAGAGGUCCUUCCUGAAGAACUCGGUGGAACAGCAGAACCUAUCAAUCCCUCUAAGUAUCAGGCUUUCAUCCUCAGUCAAGAAGCUUACAUACAAAAACUGAAUCAGUAUGGCUUCAGCGAUAACUGAAAUCUACGUUGAAAUGCUUUAAAGCUUACUAUAAUUCUGUAUUUAUCAUUUUUCUGAUUACUACUCAUCUUAAAUCCUGUUGCUAGUUUUGAAGAAAUUAGCAUGGUGCAGUUUCCAGAUAAUUUUAAUGGGUUUCUUUAUCUGAAAAAUUCUGGAUGCCCUUUUCAGGAAAAUUGGAAAGAUGAGUGAUUUUUCAGGAAAUUAGAAUUAUUUUUUUAAAAAAUCAUAUUUUUAAAUCUGUACCUCUGAUUCAUAAAUAAAAAUUUAAUUUGUCUCCAACAAAAUUUAACGUUUAAUGUAUUAAAAGUAAUUUGUAAUAUUAAUAAUAACUGUAAUAGUAAGGAUAGUAACAACAAUAAAUCAAAUGUUAUGAAUACUAAUUCUCUACUCAUUCUGCUUCAUUGCAACACGUUAUUUUAUGAAAAUCAGUGUAGUCGUUUAUGAAAUGCACUAAAAUAAUUGUUUUAGUAGAAAGGUCUGAAGAAAAUCAUUUAACAUUCAAACAUGCAUAGACCUUAAAAUAACAGGUGAUUUUCGACAUAGCAGUCGAAAAAUUAACCUUAAAAUAAAUUUUUCUCAUCAAGUCCGUAAGCCUUAUGCUUUAGUUAAUAUACCAUGAACUGCAGAAGUUCGUUGCAGAAAAUCCUCCACGUAAGUUACCCUCCCACGACAGAUAACUCUUGCAACUUCUGUCUUAAACUGAACAUGCUGAAAAGAAGCCUUGUGGACUGGGAGAAUGCACUAGAGAAAAGUGGUCUUGUAGUAGAAAUUUAGUGUCAAAGUUUCCAAAAGUAACCAUUUGUAAUUCUUCUAUUGAAACUAGGUAAAGAUUGAUUAGCAUUAUCUGUGAAACCUUUCAUCUUUGAAACGAGCUGAAAGUAUGUGAUUAACGACAAUGGAAUGAAACGGUAAAGUAAUUUUAAUAAAAUUUUGCCAUGCAAUUCGCACAUUAUCACGGUGUAAGAAACAGAGAGAAGAAAUUUUCUUACGAACAUCUGAUUGCCAUUUUCAAUUUUUUUUUUUUUUUUUUUGAAUUGUGAUAGAAAAGCCUUAUUGAAAAUUGUGAUAUUUUUAUCUGCAAUUGUAAUAAAAAUUCAACA